UCACAUGUCUAACACAUGACUCACACAAAGCACUCAUUCACUGAACUGUUGUUUACUUCAAUUGUCUUCAAUUGUCUUCACUGCUGUCACCGAUUGUCUCAUCAAUGAUGAGUCAAAUAAAUCACUUUCCGGGAAAUACAAGUCUUCUCGAAGAACUGGACAAGAAACUGAUGGUUUUGUUGAGAGACGGGCGGACACUGAUUGGCUUCUUAAGGAGUAUCGAUCAGUUCGCCAAUCUGGUUCUUCACCAAACCAUUGAACGCAUAUAUGUGGACAACAAGUACGGAGACAUACCCCGAGGAAUAUUCCUAAUCCCCAAUCUGGUUCUUCACCAAACCAUUGAACGCAUAUAUGUGGACAACAAGUACGGAGACAUACCCCGAGGAAUAUUCCUAAUCCGUGGCGAGAAUGUGGUUCUUUGCGGAGAAAUUUGUUGUGUUGAGGACACCGACAAACACGAGUCCAUUGACCUGAAGAGAGUGGCCGUCGAAGAGAUCCUCGAAUUACAGCAAAACGAAAUCGAAGCGAAACAACACAAAGACCGGAUCAGACUCACCGCUCUUCAGGAAAGGGGUCUCUCCUCUCAUUUGGACACUAAUCACGAAGAGUUCUAA